CAACUUUUUGCGACGUCGUUCCCACUCUGACCCUUUUCUCGCGUUCAUCUUCUUUCUUCUUCAUCAUCAUGUGGCGUAUCCCUUCCAUCACACUCCUCUUUCUCACCGCUUCCGGCGCUACCCGUGUUGAAAGCGAGGCCAGCUUGUCGGUAGAACUGAUGAGCAAGUUUAAGGGAUGGGUGGAUUUUCACCAAAAGAUGUACGACUCACACGACAACAAGAUGGAACGUCUAAAUAUCUGGUUGAACAAUGAUGAACGGAUCGAAGCGCACAAUAACCAAAAUCCGACUCCCUCGUUCGCCCUCGGGCACAAUGAAUUCUCCGACAUGACGGAAGACGAGUUUGCUCAGUACUUUCGUUUGGGUCCUUACGCAAGCGUUCGACAAAAGGAGGCGGCGCAGGCCAAAAUUAUGGACCCCGACCAGCAAAUCUCAACCGCAGAGCGUCGACGUUUGUGGGAAGAACAAGCUCCUUUGACCCUUCCAGACUACAUGAAUUGGGUUCAAGCGGGGGCGGUGACUCCAAUGAAGAAUCAGGGGGCCUGCGGUUCCUGCUGGGCAUUUUCCACGACUGGUGCCUUGGAAGGAGCCAAGUUUCUCAAGACUGGCGAGUUGGUGGCGCUGUCCGAACAACACUUAAUUGACUGCGAUAAGGUUGAUCUGGGAUGCAAUGGCGGACUCAUGGACAACGCCUUCAAGUUUGACAUGUCAGAAGCAGGCCUCUGCUCGGAAGAGGAAUAUCCUUACCUGGCGAAACAGAGCCGAACUUGUAUGACGAACUGCACCAAGGUGGAAGGUAGCGGGGUUAAGACGUUCAUCGAUGUCCCGCCAGGCGAUGAAAAAGCCCUUCUUUCAGCGAUUGCGAUGCAACCCAUCAGUGUAGCGAUUCAGGCUUCGCAAUUUGUCUUCCAGUUUUACAAGAAUGGUGUGCUGACCGACGAUUCCUGUGGUAGCCGCGCCAGUAUUGAUCACGGUGUACUGGCGGUUGGAUAUGGAACGGAUGUCGACACGAACGAGCCUUACUUCCUUGUCAAGAAUUCCUGGGGCGAGACAUGGGGCGACAAGGGCUAUGUGAAGCUCGGCCGUGGUGGGAAGAACGAGUUUGGAAUGUGCGCUAUUCUGAAGAUGGCUAGCUUUCCGGUGGUGGAGUAAAGAAGGCCGAAUAAAUUCUUUUCUGCUACCAUCGCUUGUUGUCGACAUACGAUGGUUAACCAGUUAAUACCUCAUUUCAUCGUUUAUGCAAUAGUGGGAGACUUCAGUGUGCCUCAGGAGUUGCAGGUCGAUGGAAUUCUUAAAAGGGCCUUUUGGGUCAGAGGCUCUAUACCGAGUGAUGAUGCCGCCAUUGCAAAAACUUCCAGCGCUAACAAGGCUCACUCUUAGCGUCUAUAGAAUGCAAUUUGAAGGAUAGCUCUCGUGUGGGACAACCUGCAGUGGAUUUGCGAGGAUGAACUGCUCGUCACACCGAUCGAUUUUUCUGCCGCUCAUUGUCAGUUCAUCGCUGGAUGCCCGGCGCAAGCAUAAUUUUCGGAAAUUGUAACCACCAGCCUGUUCAGCUCGGCCCAGCCUUUACACGUAGCGCAAUCUCGAAAAUA